CGAAACGGGAAGCUCUCGCUGCUUUACGGGCGUUAGUGAUUUGUUAGAUUGACGCGGUUGGACAGAGCGAAAGGUCGUGUUCGGAUCUGGUUUGGAAAAUUAUUUAAAAUUAAGUGCUGGUUUUGGAAACAUGGGGUGCUUUUUCUCGAAGAAAUCACGGAGAAAAUCCCCGGAUAAAGAUCCUGCUACUGCGACGAGCAAUAACGCUUCGGAAGGAAACAACACCAACGGUAACCAAGAGGAACCCAAACAGUACAGCUGGGACAAACGGGAAAAGGUCGACCCCAAAGACUUCACGCUAUCCGGGUUGAAGGACACCACGGUGGGCCGCCUGCCCGGAAAACUGAACGGUCAGCAGUUCGUCAUCCAAGAAUGCGAAAACUGUAACAUCUACGUGUUCGACCACUCGGCUACGGUCACUAUCGAUGACUGUGUCAACUGCCGCAUCGUGCUCGGCCCCGUCAAAGGCAGCGUCUUCUUCCGGGACUGCAGAGAUGUUAAGUGCGUCGUAGCGUGCCAACAGUUCCGCACCAGGGACUGCAAGAAAAUGGACGUGUUCCUAUGCUGUGCCACGCAGCCCAUCGUUGAGUCCUCGACAGGCAUGAAGUUUAGCUGCUUUCAGUACUAUUACCCCGAGCUGGCCUUCCACUUCAAGGACGCAGGCCUGAGCAUCUUCAACAACAACUGGAGCAAUGUACACGACUUCACACCCGUUUCAGGAGAGAACAACUGGAGCCUGAUGGCUGAGGACGCCGCCGUGUUGGAGCAUGUCCCACUUCCUGAUCCCGAGUCGGAGUUUAAGGGCGUCCGUGUGUCCGCUGAUAAGAACCGCAGCAUCGUCCCCCUGACCAGGGGAGGGAGAAGGAAGGACAGCGAGGAGUCCUGCCUGUUUGUCUUCUUUGCUGGGGAUUACACCACGGCGAAUGCUCGGAAACUCAUCGAUGAGGCGACCGCCAAGGGCUUCGUCCUGAUCCAGACCAAAGAGGUGUCCAUGAGACCCGAAGACGUGAGCAGAGUUUUCCAGAACAGCGCAGAGGAGCUCACCGAGUGGACGACUAAAGGCCCUGUUGUGGCUCUGGAGCUGAACGGAGAUGCUGUAGUGGAAGGCUGCAGAACCAUCGCUAACGAGGUGUUCAAAGGAACAAAGGUGUUUGUUUCUGAGAACAAAAAUUCAGCCUCGCAGGACGUCGAGAACUUUUUCAACUUUGCCGACAUGCAGUUGGGGCUGUGACCGGAUCAAGAGCAAACUUUGAUUUUAACGUUACAAACAAAAAAUUAACUAGAGUUGUGAAAGCGAUAAAGCAGGAACAGAGCCCAAUGGCACACCUGUGACGUUUUAAAGGGUGGUUUAAACCUGUGGUUCUCAACAGUGGACUCUGGGGGGCUUCUAGAGGUCAGGAGGUCACCGUGGUGGAAAUGACAUCAUCGUUACCUAAGUGAUGUAUGGGAGUGGCCAAAAGUUUAAAUCAUUAGGCAUUUUCCUUAGAUAAAUCUUGUUAUUUUUAUUUAGGUUUUAGAACCAAAAUGGUUUCAAAACUAACAAUAGAAGAUAAACAGCAUCGCACUGAACGCCACUUGUUUUUUCUCUUUGUGCUGAUCUGAAGUCAGUAUUCUGUCAGAAUAUUUGGGCUUCAACAUGCUUGUAAACACAAGUACUGCAACGCCAGAAACCAUGAAUUAGCUGAAACUUAUCAUUUUAAAUAAGUUUUUCUGCGCAUGGGUCCAGAAUUUUGGGAGACCUUUGUAUACCUUACCAGUUUCUCAUACUGUACAUAAGCAGAAUGAAAAGUUUGGAGUGAAAUGCAAACCUCAGUCUGAAUCAAAAGGAAUUAUUUUUUUUUUAUGCAUUUGGUUUCAUUUCACACUAGAUGUCUUGAAACGAGUCACUAACCAAUAAAACUUCCUCAUACGACUCUCUCACUCCUUUGUGAUUAAUACAGCGGUACAAGAAGUGAAAUGAAACUUUAGAGAGUACGAACAGAAUCACGGAAAAUAACCAGAGCAUGAUAAACACAGAUCCUCAGGCACUCAGGGAAUGAGGUUAAUAACUAGUUUAAAACAUUUUGGAUCACAUGUCAAGUUCAUUUCUGUAGUGUGUAAAGCACAGCGGGUUUGAGUCAUUUCCGAGCAGAUGAGUCGAUUUGCUUAUGGGAGAGAGUUGAUUCGCUCCCUGUAAAGGUGAUUCACUUUAAAGUGAGUAGAUUCACAUACAGUUAAGUCAAUUUGCUUAUAGGUGAGUUGAUUUCAUAAUAACUAGUUACAUUUUUUUUAUUCACAUUUUUAUUUUUGCAUCACGUCUGGUGUAAAGUACACUGCAUUUAGUGAACUUUCUUGCAAACGAGUCGAUUUGCUUGUAGUCGAUGUGCUCAGUGUAGAAGUGAUUCGUUUGAAGGUCAGUUGGUUUACAUACAGUUUAGAAGAUUCACUAUGAGGUCUGUCAGUUCACUCACAGAUGAUUCAAUUCACUCAGAAUUUACAUUUAGUUCUCUCAGAAGAGGACAAAGUCCACCUCACUCAGACAAUACUUGGAUCUGAGCGUAAUUAUUAUUAUUUUUUUUAGAUUUUCUUUCAAAAAGGCUUCCUGAUACAAAAGAAGAAAAAAAUAAACAAAACAAAAAAACACUUUGACAACCCUUGGUUUAAACCCCUGAUUAUUUUAUUAUUUUUUAAUUUAACAUACUGCUGCUAAAAUUGUUAAAGGAUGUUUUUUCAGGUUUUACGUUUUCAUGCUGUACUCAUGCUGUAUUUUCUUAAAAGAUUAUAAUUAUUCUAGUGACGAUGUGAAAUCUUUGAAGUCACUGCUUCGUAUGUCAUGCCGAAAAUAAGUUAAAGCGUGUAGAUAUUUAUUUGUUGUACCUGAUAAUCACCAUCAUCUCAUUUUCUGUCGUUUUUUCUGUACUGAAAUGCUGUAUAUCUUUUAAAGCUGUUUAAUCUUAGCUUGGACACUUUAUUCUCCAUUUUUGUUUUAAUUGUUAAAGAAGAGGACAAAUCACCCAAGUUAUUUAUAGAAAUAAUUAUCUGAAGCUGAUGUUUUGCCAAUUGAUUGUACCUGAAUGUACUGUGCAGGAAAACUGGCUGAUUUACAUUCCCUGUUUUUAUACAUAAAAAAAAAAAAGAUUUCUGUGAACAAACUCGGUUUGUUUAAAAAAAACCCCCACAAAAGUAGUAUUUUAACAUACUUUUGUAAAUUGUCUUUGUUCUUGUUUAUAUGAUGCAGUUUUGUAGAAAUUAAUGUAUACUGUGAUUUAUUAAUAUAGAGUUUUAUUACUGUG